UUUUUUCUGGUCAGUUCUGAUUGUAGCAGGCAGGAAUCAGAUGGAGUUUAUUUUGUGUUUGUUUGUUUUAAUUUGGCCCUCCACAUGAACAAAACAAACAGAACGAGGGUUACAAGGCUACAAAGUCUGUUGCAGCGUCACUCUUAUAUAAAUGAACAUUUUUUAUUUGAGACCGUUUUAUUGUUUUGACAAUGGUAAAACACUGUCAGAAGUGAGGGAAGGAAGCACACUAAGGAACUUAUCUCUUUACUUCUUUAAAGAACAAUGUUAUCACCUGACUACAGGUCUCAGUCCUGAAGGCAGUGACCUGAAUAAAUCAUACAUCAAGGUGUGCCAUGGGAGGACUCGGUGGAAGAGAGAGAGAGAUCUGACAGUAUAUAAGUUUCCUCCCAGAAUCAGAAUUCACCAGACAAGCAGCUCCAGUUGGAAGUCAAGAAGACUCACACACGACUCAGCUGAUCUGCACAACUUCACCAGAUUGAAGAAAAUGUCCUCAGAAAUCAUGGACGUCGCUGCCCUGGGUCGACCUUUCACCCUAGGAAUGCUCUAUGAUGCUCGCAGAGAUGAACUGAUCCCAGGUUUGACAUUGUGGGAUCCAAAAACUCUAAAAGAGAAGACAGUUAAAACAUCUCAACAAACCAGUAACUUUGAAGUCUCUGCAUCUGACUCCAUUGAAUCCAAGUCCUCUCUGAUGGAUAUUGAAGCUUCUCUGAAGGUCAGUUUCCUGUGUGGACUGAUUGAAGUUGGAGGAUCUGCCAAGUAUCUGAAUGAUAAGAAGAAAUUCAAGAAUCAGAGCAGAGUGACGUGUCGGUACAACGCUACCACACACUUCAAUCAGUUGUCAGUGACUCAAGGUGAAACCAUGAACCCCCAACAGAUAGAGGUCAUCAGGAAGGGCACGGCAACACAUGUAGUCACAGGAAUCCUUUAUGGGGCAAAUGCUUUCUUUGUGUUUGACAGUGAGAAGUUAGAAGCCAGCAGCGUUCAGGACAUCCAGGGCCACAUGGAGGCUGUGAUCAAGAAGAUCCCUACAUUUGAUGUUGAGGGUAAAGUUGACAUCAAGCUGACUGAGGAAGAAAAAGAACUGACCAACAAAUUCUCCUGCAAAUUCUACGGAGACUUAAUUCUUCAAAGCAACCCUGCAACAUUUGUAGAUGCAGUGAAGACCUAUGUAGAGCUUCCAAAGCUGCUGGGAGAAGAUGGAGAGAAGAGUGUUCCAGUGAAGGUCUGGAUGAUGCCUCUGAAGGUCUUUGACACGACUGCAGCUGAGCUGAUGAAAGAGAUCAGCGUUGGACUAGUGUGGAAGUUGCAGAAUGCUCUCGAAGAUUUAAGAGAAAUACAAAUGAGAUGCAACGAUUCUCUGGACGACACAGUGGUACAGAGUUUUCCACAGAUCCAAGCAGAGUUAAACAAGUUCCAAAACUGUUGUGAGCUUUACGUAACUAACCUCCAGGUGAACGUGGCGAAGAAACUUCUCUCAAUCCGUGAAGGAAAAGAAGACGAGAGCUCAGUAAAGAAACUCCUUGAUGACAGAAACGAGUCACCAUUCAGUCAUGAAAAACUAGACAAGUGGCUGGAUCAUAAAGAGAGAGAAAUCAACGUCAUCAGGUCCUGUGUGGAAAUGAUGAAGGGAACAAAGAUCGUCCAUAAUGAGUCAGAGCUGGACAGAGAGGUUCUUGCUGCAGGUGUUGAUGAUGCUCUGUGCUUCGUCUUCACCUCCCUGCAGAGUGCUGACCCAAUCCUGGAUGAGAUGGACAAAUACCUGGAUUCAGUUAGAGGAAGUACCUAUGAAGUCCCAUGGUACUACUCAGAUGAAGUUUUAACCCAAAUGAGAGAAAAAGCCAAAUCUUUCCAAGAUACUGCCAAAUCCUUGAAGAGCGACAGCAGAUUCCGCUUCCUGGUAGCGGCCAUCAGAAAUGAGAAAUACACCGGAGCAACAAUCUACCACUACAAGAACGGCAUUCUGCACACUGAGGAUUUCUCAAAGCCGGACAUCUCUGAUGUGGAGACUGUCACAGACAGAAGAGCUUUACUCUGGUACGCCUGUGAUCUCACUCUGGACCCAGACACAGCAAACAACCAUCUCACUCUGUCUGAGGGAAACAAGAAGGUGACAGAAGGACCACAACAGUCGUAUCGUGACCUCCCACAGAGAUUUGAUGUUUGGACUCAGGUUCUGUGCAGAGAGGGGCUGACUGGGCGCUGCUACUGGGAGGUGGACUGGGGAAACAUUUCUUUAUUUGAUGUUGCUGUAGGUGUUUGCUACAGAGGGAUUCCAAGGAAAGGAAACAGUGACCAGUCCAAGCUAGGACGGAAUAAACUGUCCUGGUGUUUAGGAUACUACCAGAAGUCUGCAGGAGAUUCUGCUCUAUUUGCAGCUCAUGAUAAUCAGACACAGUAUGUCCCUCUUCCUCCUCCCUUCACUCGUCUGGGAGUGUAUCUGGACUGGUCUGCUGGCACUCUGUCUUACUAUAAUGCCUCAUCUGACACUCUAAGUCACAUCUACACCUUCCACACCAAGUUCACUGAGCCUGUUUACCCAGGCUUCAGGCCUUGGAAUAGAUCCAGCAUGUUUCUGUGUCUGUAAACUUGUCAGCACAUGAUUCAGUUCAGAUCACUGAAAUCCCUGAUUUAAAUGUUUUGAUAGUGAAGCGUCAUCAUGUCAGUCACAUAACAAUAUUAAAUAAUAUAACGCUUCUUUAUGUUUGAGUAUCUUUAGUGCACAUGUAAUGAUGUUUGAGUAUCUUUAGUGCACAUGUUAUGAUGUUUGAGUAUCUUUAGUGCACAUGUGGUCAUGUUUGAGUAUCUUUAGUGCACAUAUCAUCAUGUUUGAGGAUCUAGUGUCUUUGGACACAUUAGAAAAGGAAUCUCUUGUCAUUUGAACUCAUUUCUGUACAUUUUCUUUAACUGUGUGUGAU